AUGUUGAAAAGAGCUUCGAAAAUCAAUAAAACAUCAUAUAUACUAUCUAGAUUUGUUUCUACGAUAUCAGAUGUAAAGAAAUAUCCAAUAGGUAAACAUAUUAAUGGAUUUGAAAUUAAAUCAACAACUUCAAUACCUGAAUUUUCAUUACUUGCCGUUCAAUUAAAUCAUCUAACUACAAAUGCACAACAUUUACAUUUAGAUUCAAUAGAUAAUAAUAAUGUAUUCUCAAUAGCUUUUAAAACUAAUCCACCAGAUGCUACAGGAGUACCUCAUAUACUUGAACAUACAACAUUAUGUGGAUCUAAAAAGUAUCCAGUCAGAGAUCCAUUUUUCAAAAUGACUAAUAGAUCAUUAAGUAAUUUUAUGAAUGCAAUGACAGGUCAUGAUUAUACAAUGUAUCCCUUUGCAACUACAAAUGCUAACGAUUUUGAAAAUUUAUUAGAUGUUUAUUUAAGUUCAGUAUUUGAACCAAAUUUGAACAUGACGGAUUUUUUACAAGAAGGUUGGAGAUUGGAAAAUGAAGAUUUAACGGACAAGAAAACUCCUUUGAUUUUUAAAGGUGUGGUUUAUAAUGAAAUGAAGGGACAGUAUUCAAAUAAUGCAUAUUAUUUCUAUAUUAAAUAUUUGGAAUCAAUAUAUCCAUCGUUGAAUAAUUCGGGUGGUGAUCCAACAAAAAUUACAAAUCUAAAACAUAAAGACUUGGUUGAGUUUCAUAAUACUAAUUACCAUCCAUCCAAAGCCAAAUCAUUCACAUAUGGGAACUUAUCCUUAGAUAAACAUUUACAAGCAUUAGAUAACUACUAUAAAAGAUUUAAUAAAAUAGAUUCCAAUUCAAAGAUAAAUAAACCAAUAUUCAUAGACGGAGAGACUUUUUAUAAUGUUGUACAACGUGGUCCAAUUGAUACAAUGCGUGGUAAGGACGUAUCCGAACAAUUUAGUUCUUCAAUUACUUGGAAUUUAGGCAAUCCAUUAUCUGAACAAAUGAAUUAUGAAAUUUUUAAAUGGAAAAUAUUAAAUUCUUUAUUAUUUGAUGGUCAUAGUUCUCCAUUAUAUCAAGAAUUAAUAGAAAGUAGAUUUAGUGAAGAUUUUUCACCAAAUACUGGAGUUGAUUCACAUACUGCAUUACUAUCAUUCACUGUUGGACUAAAUUUUUUAACUAAAGAGAAAGUUGAUAUAGUAGAUGAGAAGAUAACAGGUGUUUUGAAGAAUGUAUUGAAAGAUAUGGAGACUAAUAAAUCAUAUGAUGUUAGAAUAAAAGCAAUUUUACAUCAAAUUGAGUUAGGUUUCAAGAAACAUAAACCAGAUUUUGGAUUUGGGUUGAUUAGUUCAAUUACUCCAUCUUGGGUCAAUGGUACAAAUCCUAUUGAAUCAUUGCAAGUAGAAACUGUAUUAAAUAAGUUUAAGCAAGAUUAUGAAAAGAAUGGUAUAAAGAUAUUCCAAGAUUUAAUCGAGUAUAACUUAUUGAAUGAUCAAAUACAGAAAUUUAAAUUUACAAUGGAACCAAAGGCUGAUUUUUCAGAUACUUUGCAUAAAAUUGAAACUGAAAACUUAAACAAGAAGGUAGAAGGAUUGUCAGAAAGUGAUAAGGAAGAAAUUUAUAACUGUAAUUUGAAAUUAGCUGAGAUACAAGCACAAGAGGAAAAUGUUGAUGUUUUACCAACUUUAGCAAUUGAAGAUAUAAACAAGAAAGGAGAAUUUUAUGCUAUAAAUUAUAAUUCAGUUAAUGAGAAAUUAUUACAUGAGCGAAUAAUAGACACUAAUGGGUUAAUUUAUGCUAAUGCAUUAAAAGAUAUUUCAUAUUUACCAAUGAAAUAUUACAAAUAUUUACCCUUAUUCAGCAGUUGUUUAACAAAUUUAGCGGGAACUGCAGAAUCAUCAAUUAUUGAUCUUGAAACUAAGAUUCAAAGGAAAACAGGUGGUGUUUCAUUUAAUUUUAAAAUCUCGACUGAUCCAUAUAAUAUACAAAAUUCAAAAUUGCAAUAUGUAUUAAAUGGUAUGGCAUUAAAUUCAAACAGUGAAGAGAUUUAUAAAUUAUGGUAUGAAAUAUUAGACAAGACAAGAUUAGAACCUGAUGAAGACGUUGUGGAUAAAUUGUUCAUACUUAUUAAAAAUCUUGGUCAAAAUCAAGCUAAUAAUAUUGCUGAAAGAGGUCAUUCUUUUGCUUCUUCAGUAAGUAAUUCAAAAUUAACUACUUCAAAAUAUAUUUCUGAGAUAACUGGUGGUUUAACUCAAGUUAAAUUCAUAAUGGAAUUGAAUAAUAAAAUAGAUACAGAAGGUAAACAAUUUAUAAAAGAUGAAUUAUUACCUAUUCUUAGGGAAAUUAGAACACUCAUUUUAUCUGGAAACAAUUUCAAAUAUAGAUUAGUUGGUGAUUCACAAUCAGUGAAAGAAAACAAGUUAUUCAUUGAACAAUUUGAUACAAAAAUAGCUAGAGGAGAACUUCCAAACUCUACUGAUAAUUUAACAUCCUUCUCAUUCAACGCUCAUCAAGAUAGAGAAUUUAUUAAUUUACCUUUCCAAGUCGGUUAUUCCUCAUUAGCUAAGCUUGGUUCAUCAUAUUCAUCUAAAGAAGGAGCUCAUUUACAAAUUUUAUCUCAAUUAUACACAUUCAAGAACUUACAUUCAAAAAUUAGAGAGGCAAAUGGUGCUUAUGGUGGUGGAUUAAACUAUGAUGGCUUAAAUGGUUUACUCAACUUCUAUUCAUAUAGAGAUCCAAACCCAGUUAAAUCAAUUUCAACAUUUAUAAAUGAAUUAAAUUAUGGAGUCAAUGCUAAUUGGACAGAUAAAGACUUACAAGAAGCAAAAUUAAGAAUUUUCCAAAGUUUAGAUGCUCCUAUAAAUAUAUCUAGUCAAGGAUCAAUUGAAUUUUUCGAUAAUGUAACAACAGAGUUAAAACAAGAAAGAAGAGAAAAUUUCUUAAACACAACAAUUGAAGAUUUGAAACAAGUGACUGAAAAAUACUUAGUGAAUCCAGAAAGUAUAAACUCAAUCACUGUUAUUGGAAAUGAUGAGAUAUUGAAAGUUGAAAAAUCAUGGAAUGUAAAAAAUUUAAAAAUUGAAUAG